UAUUCGGAGUGCAGCCCUCACCUUUAACAUGACGCAAAGUCUCUUCGCUGAAACGUUUUGGAAGCCGUUUGAAUAUGCUAAUGGAACAGUAAUACUUUUAGGUAUUUGUAGUUUCUUGUUUCUUCGAUGGAUUUCUACUCGUCCUAGGAACUAUCCCCCUGGCCCUUAUGGUCUCCCCAUCGUCGGAUAUCUUCCUUUCCUGAGCAAACAACCUUACUUGGAUCUAAAACAGCUCAGUAAGAAAUAUGGUAACGUAUUUAGUCUUCGUUUGGGCAGCCAAAAUGUCGUGAUCCUGUGUGAUUUCCUCGCUGUUAAGGAGGCUAUGAAUAAAGAUGCUUUUCUUGGACGACCGCCAGAUACACAGUUUCAACCAACACCAGAUUUUAUAUCCAUAGUGACAAUCAAUGGACGUUGGUGGAAAGAGCAAAGGCGGUUUUCCAUGCAUGUUUUACGUAAUCUUGGAUUUGGAAAAACUAAAAUGGAAGAACAUAUAAAAGUCAGUUCCAUAGUGACAAUCAAUGGACGUUGGUGGAAAGAGCAAAGGCGGUUUUCCAUGCAUGUUUUACGUAAUCUUGGAUUUGGAAAAACUAAAAUGGAAGAACACAUAAAAGAUAAUAGCACUUGUCUAAGGGGUUCAGAACAUAUUAAUGACUGCGAGGUUAAACAGAAAAGCUUUAAGAAUUUGCAGGAUACAGUAAUCAGGUUAACAUCAUUCGUUAAUAAUGAAAUCACACGCCACGAGGAAAGUUUAGAACAAAACUGUAAUCGGGACUACAUCGACCCUUUUUUGGUUGAAAUGAAGGAUCGUAAACAGAUGAAACUUAUCACUGUGUUUGCAGACAGUAUGUUAAAUGGAAAUGUUCAGGCUCUGUUUGGUGCUGGAACCGGAACUGUGCGGACAACAACUGAAUGGUGUCUUCUAACGAUGGCCGCCUACUCCGACGUUCAGAAGCUAGUGCAAAAGGAGAUUGACAGUGUUAUUGGUUCAGAACGAUCACCAUCUUGGGCUGAUUAUAAAAAUCUCCCUUACACUCAAUCAGUUCUUUUUGAAGUUCAAAGGUGGCAGACUAUAAUACCCUUAAAUCUACUAAGAUAUACAACAGCAGACACAAGUGUUCAAGGGUAUAACAUUCCUAAAGGAACAUUCGUCUUAGCAAAUAUUUGGGCCGUUCAUCACGACCACAGGUACUGGAAGAACCCUGACGUUUUCUUUCCAGAACAUUUUCUUAGCCAGGAUGGUACCACACUGGAAAAACCUGAAUAUUUCAUUCCAUUCUCUAUUGGUAAACGCUCUUGUCCCGGGGAAACAUUAGGCGUAAUAGAAGUGUUUUUGUACUUCACGUCGAUUCUUCAGCGUUUCACCGUGGCUCUACCAGAUGGUGAGAAACCAAAUUUCGAUGGGACUUUCGAGCUAACGUGGGACGCCAAGUUUCACUAUCUUCGAAUUUCUCCGCGUAAUUAAUUGAGAUGACAGUCAUUCCCUCAAAGAAACAGUUGCCAAUGUAGAAAUAAAAUGUUAAAAUGAUGUUUGUUAUGAAUUUUGCGCAAAGCUACAGGAGGGCUAUCUGCGUUAGCCGUCCCUAAUUUAGCAGUGUAAGUAUAGAGGGAAGACAGCUAGUCAUCACCACCCACCGUUAAUUCUUUUACCAACGAAUAGUAGGAUUGACCGUCACAUUAUAACGCCCCCAAGGUUGAAAGGGCGAGCAUGUUUGGUGGGACGGGGAUUCGAAAUGAACACAACUCAGAUGAAAUAUUUCUUCAGUGGACGAACUUUGUGAAAAGAUGAUUCAACUUUCUAUUGAGAUUAUAAAACGAUUUAGUAAAUAUAUAGAAACAGUGCUUUACAAAUAAUUUUCUGAAAUGGUUAUUCUUGAGUCACUAUAACAAUUAUCUAAUUUAUAGCAAAAUAUCUCUGAAAAAAAUUCCAUCGUCUUGUACAAGCUAUAGACAUUAAGUAUACUGUUGAAAGUGGCUUUCUGGUAUCCUUUUUAAUCGAUUCUUAAUAAAACAUAUCUGAGAAAUUGUAUCAGGUUAUUGACGAUUACUAAACGUCCUACAACUUCAUUUCACUGAAGUAUUGAAAUGUAAAAAUUUUAUUACUUUAUAAUCAUUAUAUGACUAUCUUAAAGCUCUUUAAAAUUAACAAUAAAAAACCUUACCAAAUAAUGAUAUUUAACCAUUUUACUUCUAGCUGUAAAUUAUGUAUUGUAUAAGCGUUCUUUUUCUUAGCGAAAAUGUACACAAUGGGCUAUCUGUAUUUUGUACAUAGUGUGGACAGUAUCCCAGGAUUUUAGCAUUGUAACUCCGCAAACUCAUUGCAAACACGUUGAAGGAUUUGGGGGUCGAGUACGCUGAUACUAAAUUGAUUUGGGAGCCUUACUACGUCUGAUCAUGCUCCGUCUGAUGAUUAUUUAUCUUGAUAAUAGCUCUAUACACAGUUUCCAUUGCAAAAGGCUCUGGCAUAAGGCUGUCAUAUUCAAAGCACAAUGUUCCUUUUUGCACACUUUCGAUAAUCCCUUUACUGUAAGAGGAUAACGGUCCACAAGGCUUAUUUCAACAGUCUAAUCGCACAGAAAUCCAUAAUUGCUGAAUCUACUGAUUUGAUGGAAUCGUAUAGACACCUCCGUUUUAUUUUCCAACUGCUUCAAGUAUGCAAUUGUUAACCUCAUAUGUCGUGCAAAUAAUCCGUGUACACGUGACUUGUGUCACUUUAUCAAACAGAGAUCUUUCCUGAUUGUGUUGCGUACUACUGUAUGUAACACGUGGAUGGCUUUUGUUACUUGCCUUUGUGUUUGUGGAUUAUCACCUUUUACAAGACACCUCACUCUGUUGAACAUGGCUGGGUUGAAACAUUUGGUUCAACUGCGACUAUAGGUCAGCUGUGGUCAUGUAACGUACUAACUUGCAUAUUCAAAGUUGUUUUAAUAGAACGUACACAAUCUCCUAAAUGUGUAUUAGGAAUCAAGAUGAACAAAUGAAACCAUUUCUUAUAUUUUAGCAUAGAAUAUUUGAACAGGAAUAAAAUUUUAUAAAUAAACAAACUGAAAUGUGUAUAUUUGUAAAGGCAGAUAGUAGUGGUUUGAAACAUUGAUCUCUACAGAACAUUUUUCUGUACAGUUUUCAACAAACAAUUUUAUCGUCGAAAAAUCCACGAAAUACCAUAAAAAGGCUUGUUUUUUAAUUACUGCAGAAGGUUUGAUGAGGCGUGAAAUAAAGGUUAGAGUACCUGAAU